AUGGUCUAUUUAGGUGAUAUCGAAGAAAUUUUCAUAAAACCUCCUGAUCCCAAUGCUCUCACCGAUGAAGACUCAGCCGAUGAAAAUGAUGGAGGAGGCUCCACAAACGAUGACCAGAGUCCUCCGACUUCGCCACGUGACAACCAAACCACCAUCAACACCGCCGAAAGCAGAUCUUCCAGACCAUCAUCCCCCUCGGAUCAUCAGCGAUCACCAACGGGUAGCCCACACCACCCCGGCAUCACCCAUCCUUCGCAUCCAGCUUUCCUCGAUCAAAACUACCUGAGCAUGCGCUCCAAAAGCCCCUACAGAGAAUCCGAUAACAUGGUCAUCGACGAAGAGGUGGAAGAUGAAGAGAGCGACUACGAUAACGACAAAGACAAGAAAAUGCAGAGCUCCAGUUUGAGUCCCGCUAGCUCACUUUCGAACAAGAGGAAAAAGAAGACGAGGACGGUGUUUUCCAGGUCGCAGGUUUUUCAGCUGGAGUCCACGUUUGACAUGAAGAGGUAUCUUUCUUCGUCGGAGAGGGCCGGACUUGCUGCUAGUUUGCACUUGACUGAAACUCAGGUGAAAAUCUGGUUCCAAAACAGGAGAAACAAGUGGAAGCGCCAGUUAGCGGCCGAACUCGAAGCCGCCAACAUGGCUCACGCAGCACAAAGACUAGUCAGAGUACCCAUUCUCUACCACGAGUCCCCGAACUCCUCCAUGAGGCACCCCUUUGAACAGAACCACCCUCUGAGUCUCCACCACCAGCUGGAGAGCAGGGACACCGGUAGUACCGGUGGCAGUACUGGAGGAUACCCGAGUUCUUUGUAUUAUCACCACCAGGCGGCAGUUGCUGCAGCCGUUCAUAACUUGCCAUCGAGUCCUGUGAGUCGACCGCCAAUGUCGGGGCUAGUAUGAAAGCUUGAGUGAUGGUUGUGACGGGUUUUCGUGCAAAAGAUCAGUGAAAUUGUGCUUUGUUUGUUUUCUGUUUUAUUUUGUUUCAGAGGAAAAGUGACGUAGACCAAUAUACUUUCAAGAAUUGUAAACUUUCACAACCACAGAUGAAGGUGUCAAAGCUAUUCCACCGAUUUGUUGAGUGGGGUUUGUAGGUUCUUAUGCCUGACGAUUUCUUUAUAACCAUAUUUGUAGACGAAACGACAUGCAUCUGGAGACCACACCCAACAAACCCAAAAAAUAGCUUCGACGUAAAGUUUCGCCAAUUUCGUAUUUUGAACUUGAUAUUGAAUUAUUGAGAAAUAUACUCAAUAUGACGAUUUCAUUGAAGAUAUUGUUGAAUAUAGAGAAAUAUAAGUGGGAGUAUAUAAGGAUUGCCAGCUCCGUUUAUAGAAAUUGUGGGUCGUCUAUGAAUAAUUAAUCAUUUGAGAAAAUAAGAGGUUAGUAUUUUUGCAAGAAGAAAUGUGAGAGAUAACAUGCAAUAGUAAUAUUGAGUGUCUAGAAUCAAAGGUCAGAAAUAACAAAUUGAAGUAGAAAAUCACCAGAUGCUUAUGAAUAAAUAUCGCUUCUUGAAUAAGAGUGGAAGGUUCAUUAUUACAGCAUAAAGUUCCACAUUAUCCAAGACAAGGUGAAAGAACUGAUCAUGCAAUAAUGAAAAAACGUUGAAGGAGUUGUAAUUAUCAUCCGGAGUAAACUACUAUCAGGUGAAUAGAAAACGUCGACCUCGAAAUAAUAUUAACAAAUAUUGAUAUUGAACAACUUUUUUAUUUUCAACCCAAUUUCAUUUAUUUUUUGUAUCAAAUGGAAUAACUUUCAUUCUGAACUGAUUCAUAACAACAACAUCAUCUGAUGAGGUGUGAUUGUUACACAUUACAAGGGAAAUGAAUAUAGCUUUUGGAUCCCACUCGAAGCCAUCCUGUAGCAAGAUUGGUUCAUUCAUGAGAAAGUUAUUCAAAAUCGAAAUUUGUUUACAUUUCAAGUUGACCGAUUUUUACGCACCUGAGUGUAAUCAAGAUGAGUUAAAAAAGAAUACUAACAUUGCAUCCAGCAUUCAAUGCUGGAUGCUGAAGUAGAAACACAUCAGCUCCAUCAACAGCAGAAGACUCAAUCAGCCAGAUAUAUUUUUGGGUGAAUUGAUCAAGUUGGAGUUGGGAUGACUCUGCAACUUCACAUGGCGAAUAGUCAUGUUCUCUAGGUGGCUUGAGGAAAAACUGGCAUUUCCUAUCCAGAACAUGAGGCUAAUGACCACAGCAGUCGAUGCCGUUAACACCAAGAAAACUCAAAAGACACUAAAUGGGGUGAACAAAAGAUUUGCUAUAUCAAAGACUAACAAUGAAAACACAUUAUUGAAAUAGGUAGUUACAGAAUCCCAUAAAAAAUCAACCAUUUGGAAAAUCGCAUCAGUAUUGCUGAUAACCUAACCACCGCUGAAGGUGUCCUUUGAAGUGAAGGACAAAACCUUUCGAGCCUACUGGUCCAUCAGGCCAUUUCUAUUUAUUCCUUAACUAUUGUUCCUUCAUCAAAUCAUUAAUAGCACUACAAAGAUUGUAAGUCAGGCAUUGAUUGCUGUACAAGAGUGUUUGAAGUUUUGAUUUACCCGCUUCAGUGAGUUCUGUAUUUGUAGAUUCCUUCUUAAAAUACCAUUUGUGGCUUUCGGAAAGGAGAGAUAUGGUUUUGUGCUUCAGUUUAAUCCAAUGAAUCUGUAUCUGUAGAGUACGGAGUGUGAGUGUAGGUCCCCAGCACUUAGGCCACAUGUGACCCAUUUUACAUCCUCCCGAGGAGUUGUCCUCUUGGGUGUGACAGGUGUAGACCAAGACUCGCCGAACAUACACUCCUUUUUGACGAUAUCUUCAGACACUCGCAUAAGACAGUUUCAUCUUCCUGUUCACACAUCCUGCAUAGAGGUGUUUCCACUAGCCUCAUAAUAUGGAGGUGUUUCCUUAGUUGACAGUGUCCAAUCAGAAAUCACACUGUUAAGUCUAGGUUUUUCCUGGUCAUCUCCAGAUAUUUCUUCGGCGUCAGCUUCCGCUUGGCUAGAGAGUCGGCAAUGCGAUUA